GGUGACGGCUGGCGCUCUUGUUCCUCAGCCGAGCGGCGGAGGCAGGAGGACGCGGCCCGGAGCCCGGACGAGCUCGGUGGACCGGCCAGCCAGCGGCUCGGGCUCAGGCUCAGACGCCUGUCCCGUCCUCUCCCGCUCCCCGGCCGCCUCCGCUGUGCCUCCGGGGGCCUUCCUCCCUUCCGCGCGCGCUUCGCUUCCCCGGGAAUUGAAAAUAACUGGAUGAUUUGAAGGUGUGAAAUCAAUGACUGAGAUCCCAAGCUCAUAAAAGAAGACUACAUGUAAAACGCUUCUGAGUGAAUUUUGGAUGAAGCCAUCAAAUUAAUUAUUUGCCAUCAUGAGCAGAAGCAAGCGUGACAGUAAUUUCUAUAGUGUAGAGAUUGGAGAUUCUACAUUUACUGUACUGAAACGGUAUCAGAAUUUAAAACCUAUAGGCUCAGGGGCCCAGGGAAUAGUGUGUGCAGCUUAUGAUGCCAUUCUUGAAAGAAAUGUUGCAAUCAAGAAGCUAAGCCGACCAUUUCAGAAUCAGACUCAUGCCAAGAGGGCUUAUAGAGAGCUUGUUCUUAUGAAAUGUGUUAAUCACAAAAAUAUAAUUGGCCUCUUGAAUGUGUUCACACCACAGAAGUCCCUAGAAGAAUUUCAGGAUGUUUACAUAGUCAUGGAGCUCAUGGAUGCAAAUCUUUGCCAAGUGAUUCAAAUGGAGCUAGACCAUGAACGAAUGUCCUACCUUCUCUAUCAGAUGCUGUGUGGAAUCAAGCACCUUCAUUCUGCUGGAAUUAUACAUCGAGACUUAAAGCCCAGUAAUAUAGUAGUAAAAUCAGACUGCACUUUGAAGAUUCUUGACUUUGGACUGGCCAGAACUGCAGGAACUAGUUUUAUGAUGACACCUUAUGUAGUGACUCGUUACUACAGAGCACCCGAGGUCAUCCUAGGGAUGGGCUACAAAGAAAACGUUGACAUUUGGUCAGUUGGGUGCAUCAUGGGAGAAAUGAUCAAAGGUGGUGUUUUGUUCCCAGGAACAGAUCAUAUUGAUCAGUGGAAUAAAGUUAUUGAACAACUUGGAACACCAUGCCCUGAGUUCAUGAAGAAAUUACAACCAACAGUAAGGACUUAUGUGGAGAACAGGCCUAAAUAUGCUGGAUACAGCUUCGAGAAGCUCUUCCCAGAUGUACUUUUCCCAGCUGACUCAGAGCACAACAAACUUAAAGCUAGUCAGGCAAGGGAUUUGUUGUCCAAAAUGCUGGUUAUAGAUGCAUCUAAAAGAAUCUCUGUGGAUGAAGCUCUACAGCACCCGUAUAUCAAUGUCUGGUAUGAUCCUUCAGAAGCAGAGGCGCCUCCACCAAAGAUCCCUGACAAGCAGUUAGAUGAAAGGGAGCACACAAUAGAAGAGUGGAAAGAAUUGAUAUACAAGGAAGUUAUGGACUUGGAGGAGAGAACUAAGAAUGGAGUUAUACGGGGUCAGCCAGCUCCUUUAGGUGCAGCAGUGAUUAGUGGCUCUCAACAUCCAUCUUCAUCGUCGUCUGUCAAUGAUGUGUCUUCAAUGUCAACAGAUCCAACAUUGGCCUCUGAUACAGACAGCAGUCUAGAAACAUCAGCUGGACCUCUGGGCUGCUGUAGAUGACUAUUUGGUCAGGGGUGGGAGGGUAGAGGGAGGGGGGUUGCAGGAGGGAAGGGGAUUCAUUUAGGUAUUGAUAGAACUACUUUGAAAACAAUUCAGUGGUCUUAUUUUUGAGUGUUUUGUUCCCCAAAAAAUGUAGGAUUCUUUUUUUAAAAAAAAAAUAUCAAGUGCUGUAAUUUAAAACUGUAAGUUGUUUUUAAGACAACCACAAAAUGUAUUGUGGGUUUUUUUUCUGUAAUUAUCUGUAUAAUGUAAACCUAAUAAUUUUAUCAUGGUUUAAAAUUUUUGCCUAUUUGCUUUACCUUAUGCUGCUGAUUCAUUUUUAACUGAAUUUGUAAGCUUUGUUUUAUCAAAGCAACUAUUAUGUGGUGACUUGCCUAUAUCAUGAAUUAUUUAAGAUUUUAUAGUGGUUUUUUUAUUAGAAUUUAUUCCAGAUGUUUUGUUCAUGACAAUAUCCUUCAGGGUUAUGUGCUUGUCAUUAGUUUAUCCCCUGGGAAAGAGGUAAGAUAUAUCUCUGUAGCCAGUUAUAUUCAGGUAUAACUACUGUAAACGAUUGAGUUAAACCUCCAAUUCUUGCUAUUUGCCCAUCUUAAUUUAGUCAAAACAAUUAGUAGGAAACCCUACAUAAUUCCUUGUCAAAGUCACUUCAUCUGAAUGGCAGAAUAAUGCAAAGCAUGUCUUUCUAAGAUGCCAUAUAUUCAGCCUGCCCCAAGAAGAAAAACAAAAAGACAUGGUGUAUUCUGCAAAAUGAUGGCAUGCAAAAAGCUUAUGAUCACAUCAAGUCAAGAGGAUACUUCAUGAAUAAUACAUUCAUUUCAAUGCAAAUAAACAUAUGGUUUACUUCUACUAACUAUUAGCCUGUUUUUGUACACACAAAAGCUGAUCUAUCUUUCCAGGACACAGAUCCCCAGAAAUGUCUUGGAGUCCCUCUAAAUAUAUUUCAUUUCAUGUAGCCUUGACUCCUGACCAUUUCUCAUUUCCUAUUACUUGGUAUCAGAGUCAGCUGAACACCUAUUCUUGGUAGGGGAGGGAAGAGGGGAAACUCAUUUCUGCCCAAUUGUUUCUCUUCGAUUUAGAUGUAGCAUAUUCAUAUUAACUACUAGCUGUCGGGAUGUCCCAGAGCCUACUUAGAAAUCUGUAGGUAAUGUAUCAUAUGAGCAAUACUGUUCAUCUUAAAAUAGUACUACAUAGCCAUAUAUAGGAUAUCUUUUUCUAGGGCCUGCUCCUUCAAAUGAGCAGAAAAGGAAUAAAUGGUGGUUUCUUCUUUAGCCUGAGUCUUUAGUUUUUGAUACUUAAUUUUCAAUAACACACCUAAUACAGUUGCUAAGUAGCAUAAAAUGGUGCUGCUCCUGACAAAUGUAUGUUAAUUGUUUACAUUUUAUAUUUGCGAAAUGAUUUGUCUAGAACUGAACUCUUUCUUAGGUGAAGCAAUCAUUGAACUCUCAUUUCAAAAAAUGCACAGUUUCAGUAAUAAACGUUGGCUCUUUCGACCACUUUCUGAAGGAAAAGGGAUUUGUGUAGUCAAUCGAGGUAGGAAGACAAACAUCUAAGUUUUUGUUCUUCUUUGUUUAGGUUUUUUUAUUCAUUUUUUAAAAGUGGAUUCCUAGGCAGAAGCCCAGGAAGACUAAUGACCAGAAUUAUGGAAGGAGCUUAAUUUUCAGUUUCUGGAAGUUCACUAGAUGUUUGGUCAUGUAUUUAUUUUGGGGAAAUAACCUUUUGAGUAAGAUCUUUUAGAUCAUUGUUAUACUCAAUAUUUAAAUAGAGCUUUAAUUUAGCUUUAUAGUAUAUUUUAUUAUUGUUGUUGCAUUAAAGCAGUGAUUCCUACCAUUCUUGGAAUUGCAAUACCCAAUUGUCUUAUUUUAUUUCUUGGCACUCUCUUCAAAGGUGCAAAAUGGCUGUUUUAUUUCUUUUUGAUUAAAAUGAAUUGAAAUUAAUUUAGUUUGGAAAAUUGUGGGACACCUCUUGAAUUGCAAAAACAAGACUGAGAAUGAGCCUUAGAGAUUUUCCUGUGAUUGUGUUCUUUAGACAUUGACAGGUUAGUUUAACAGUCUCUUCAUUUUCUUCACGUAAUAGGUUAGGUCACUAUUGCACUUUAAAAGAUGUACUUUUUAGAUUUAUCUGCCUGUAGAAUUUCAGUGUUUUGUUUGAUUAAUGAUGGGCCAUCAGAGUAGAAGAGUAACAAAAUAAGUCCUUACCUCCUACCAGCAAAUUUUUGUUUUGUUUUGUUGUGUGUUUUUUUAGUUUCCCAUUGACCCAAAUUUUGGCAAGGAAAACCAAACAUUCUUGCUAUUUAUAACUUUUUAAAGUGCCAGCCACUGCUUGAAAAACCAGCAUUUGUCAGCUGAGUUCAGAAAAUAAGAACUCUCCCUAAAGUGAUCUAAAAUAUUCAUCAACCUGUGUCCUGAUCCAUAAGGAUUAGUUUGGUGAAGUGUUUUGUGUGCCCUGGAUUCACAGGGCACAACUUCUAAGCAUUAUUUAAUUAGAUUUACAUUUUAUAAUAGUGGGGAGGGGGAGUCUAUGCACGAGUUCCUUUUUAUUUUUUUUAAAGAAAUUGUUCGGAUCUUUAAGGCAUCUUAAAUAUAUAUACUUUUUUUAAAUGGAAGUCACAAACAAGAUUGCCAUCCACUGUUAUUUAUGUAAAGCAAGCUUGCAUAUUUUAUAAUUUUGAUAUUUUUUUUCUCCAAGAGGAACCUAUCAGCUUACACUAUGAAUUGAUGUUAGUCAAGAUUUAGUGAUAUUUGUAAGCUGAGAGAAGGUAUCUUCUGGUGUCUUCUUCGAUGUGCUGUUCUCUUAAACUCUAAUUUGUGUUAAGCAAUUAUUUUUAAAUUAUUAUAUUGUUGGACUCUGUUAAUUUAGAUCACAUAUCAAUGCCAAUCAUCUUUCUUUCAUUCCAAAUAUGAUUUUGGAAAUCAUAUUCUAUAUUUCCACGUAAUCUCAUUGUGGCAAAUUUUGAUAUUUGCUGUACCAAGUUUGGAAAGGCACAGUACAUCCUCCUCAGGCUUUCUAGAAGAAACUGAGAACUCUUUAAGUAGAAAUACAACUACAUCAAACCUCUCAAAAUACCAUAAAAUUUGAUUGUAAUGAUAGAAGCCUUACAAAAAUCUUCUAAUUUUCUUUUCUGUCUGAUUCUCCUAAUCCUGCAAUAUUGUCUAAAAAGAUGAAGCUAGAAAAGACAUGACUUUUGUAGUGGAAAUCAUCAGACAAAUGAAGCAAUUUCCUGGGUUACCAAAUAACUUGGUUCACCUUAUAGGCCAGUUUCUGCUACACAUAUGAAGACAACUACUCAGUGUUGCCUAGUCACAUACUUGUACUCCAUUUUGACCUAAAUCAUACAUAGUACAUUUUCAAGAAUGCUACUGUAGUUUGUUCAUGUGUAUUGUUCUUUAGUGACACAUUAGAUAGUGGAUGCAUGAAGCCCCACAAACCCCCUGUAAACUUCUACUAAUAGUGGAAGAAUUCAAAUACCCUCCUUCUUUUGUCAUUUAGUAACUCUUUGAGUGCUGCCUACAGAAAUCCUUUUCUAUUUUAGUAUAUGCUGUGUUUUAUGUUUAAUCUUUAGAAGCUUUUUUUUUCUACUGAGAUUUUCAAAACAAGCCUGGGGUUUUUUUGUUGUUUGUUGUUUUUGUCUUUGUUUUUUCACUUAAUAACAGCAAGUUGAAGAAUUGAAGGGCAUUGAAGCAGAGAUGUAUAGUAUGGGGUAAGAUUAGAAACCUCAUGAGAAAAAAAAUUACUUAAAACUGUUCUGGUUCACUUAAUUGCUCUUAGUUAAGUGCUCUUAAGGAGAGGCUAGUAAGAGUAACACUUUACUAAUCGUUUCUGGUAUAAUUUUCUCUCCAUUUACCGAAACUUGUGAUAAGUAGACCUGUGGAUUAGCUUUGCACAAUGUCUCCACUUUCACAAUGGCUUACAAAUUAAACUAGGUUUUUAUUGAACUACCUCACACUAAUUUUCUAUGCUUUCCUGAGUAAACUGUUGCCCUUACUAUUAGACCUUUGCUGAAUGUGAACUGUAAGUGUGUUUUUCUAAUUCCUUUAUGGCCAAUGUUGAGAUGAUACCAGUAAGUAUGUAAAAUGUAUAAUUUGCAUAAGUAAGAAGCAUUCACAUGUAAAUCCUUUCUUUACUGUAUUUCCUGGAAAGUUGUGUUAGAUGUGGUUGGUGACUCCAUUAUUGUCUGUUUUUGUAAGUAAAGACCUAGUAGUAUCAGUCCAUUCUUUACAUUUUACAAAAGGAAUAAAUCUUAGUAAAUUUUACGAACAGAUGAAUUACUUUUGUAGGCCCAAUAUUUGGUAUAUUUUUGGGAAGCUUUUAAUCUUUUAGCCUAACAGUAAAGUUGAGCAAAUGAGCUGUGUACCUGGAAUGUGACCUCUAUUUUCUCAAAGCAGAUUAUCCUGUAACCAGGGGGUGGGUCUAAAAUCUCACAAUUUCAGAAUUUUUAAUCACAUUUGCUUUUCUACCCACAUAACCCCAUUCCUUUUUCAGUCAUUGCUCUCUCUGUUCUAGUCCAAUGGCCCCCUCUCCCUUAGACAAAACAAAUGUGGCACUUUGUGGGGAAUGCUGAGAUGAUUAUUGUGGUUUUAAUCAUCCAUACCAUAGGUCAUUAAACACGUACCACUGGAAUGUAAACAAUGUUAUCUAGUAUGUCAAUUGGUUAUAAUAUUUUAAAUAAAAAAGAAAAAAGUUGUAUGACAAGUAUGAAAUUAAGAGUUGUUUCAUUGAAAAACAAGUUCUGGCUUAAAAUUGUAGUAAAGGGUAGGUUUGUUUUAGUAAGUGUAGAUGGUAGUGUUAGGAUAUGGUGCUAUCAGAUCACAUGAGAGAGCUGUGGAAGCUAAAACUCAGUUUGGGAGAAUCAUCGAGGACUCUUGGCACAUUGGAGGCAGGUACUUGCAAAGAUUCUUGGGGGUGAAAGUUUUCAGGAUAGGUAGAGUAUGUAGUGUAGCACUGGUGCUCUCAACAUGUUGUAUAGAAAGAUACUGUUCUUGUCCCCUUAACCCACUGUCAGGUAUCCAAGUAAAAGGUGUGUAUAUACAACCAAGGUUAUGGCAAUAACAUACCCAUUAUUUUAUUGAAGUUAAAAAUUUAAUGCAUAAACUAGUCCUGUGGAGAAUAUUUCCAUUUGUGGAAAUUUAUUUUGAUUUGGGGACCC